CGCCCCGCCUACAUAGCCUACGGAUCUCUGCAGACCAGCCUUGCGCUCCUUGACAUAAUUCAGCAGACCGCUCAGCAUCUAGCCCUAUAUUGAGGAGGCGGUGGGGAGGUGGUGAGGCAAAUCAGAGAGUGCAACAUCCUGUAAUUAUGCUAGGUAUCGCGCCUCCGCGUCUGCAUCCACGUGUUUGCACGAGCGACCCGACGCCGGUUCGGUCGGAAGACUCGACCUGUUGUACCCGUCCAUCACUUUCCCUCCAACAUACAUUCACAAUGGGAGGAGGCGCGAGAUAUCCGUACCCCAAGCAAGUCUGGUCACCAGCUGGCGGCUGGUGGACACGACCCGCGAACUGGAAAUCGAACACCGCCAUUGCUUUCGCCGGUAUUCUCGCAGUCGUCUACGCCGGCUGGAGCUGGAGCGCAGAGAAGGAGGCACGUUCAUCCUUACCACACCUCUCUUACAUUCCUUGACAUUCGACUGGUAGGCCAAUCGCUUAAUGUCCC